AAUCAGCGCUGUGACCUAACCUGCCGUACACUGGAGAUGCGUGAAGAUUUAGGUGUGCUUUUUUGUAAGUUUGAUUCACGUAAUAUGCUGAAAUAAUGGAUCUAUGAACUCUGCUGGACUCAACUUGGAGUUCUCAAGAUCUGAGUGUCCAGAGUCAUGAAACUUAGUCCUUGUCAAGCCCCAUUAUAUGGCGAGUGUGUGCUAACAGUUCAGCUCUGUGAUGAGUCGCUCGGUGAAGGAGAACAGGGGGAGGUGCAGUUCUUCCUGUUGUUCACUGGCUCUGCUCAGAGACAUCUUACCAGCACACUGAAGGUCAGCCAUGCCACCCUUCAGGCUGUGUGUCCAGCUCAUAACUGCUGUGAGUGGGUGCUGGUCACCCUGUGCUCAGCGGGACCAGAUGGUAACAUUCAUACUCUGGCUACCGAGCGCCUGCACUUCGUACAGGACCUGGCCUUCGACAUGGCCCAGUUCCUGGUGAGCGCGGUGGGGCAGACAAACCUACUGGAAGAGGCUCUGCUACUGGACGAGCAUCAGAUCCCACUGCAGGAGUGCGAAAAGCUGGACCAGAAUCUGUCCCUGGCCCUCAAACAUAUCACGCUGCCCCCUGGCUGGAACCUGCUGAGGAAUAACACACGACUGGAACCUCAAGAGACCCUCCUUCACUUUGCAGCCCGCCGCGGGCUCCUUAGAGUGGCCAGUUUUCUCCUCAAGCAGCCAGGGGCCCGAGAGGCCCUCAACCUGUGUAACAAACAGGGCGCCACACCGGUGAUCAUCGCCGAGAGUCGAGGAUAUACAGCACUGCUGGAGCUCUUCAGCCUGGAGGAUUUGGAUACAGACAUUGGCGUUGAGACGCUCAGACAGGUCUCCUCCUCGAGCAGUUGUGUGGUACAGCACCACCCCUCUCUGAACACCUACACCCUGUCUUUGGGCACAGAGCUGGGCGGCGCACCACCCAACCUACAGGCCGACAUCCUGGAACUGCGCAGACUGAUACUUUGCCAUUGUCAAGGGAAGGUGAGUCAGGGAGGAGUUGCCUUUCAGCAGAGCUCAGACUCUCUGCACAUUGCCCAAGAAUGUGAUGACGGCCUGGAGACCAGAGAUUGCUGUUGUGAAGAGGCACCUCACGACUCCCUUGAUACGAGAGAACGAGAGUUCACUCCUUUUAGCAUAGAAGAAAACAAAGGAUGUAAUGACCGUCUGGAUCCCUCACAAAACAGGGAGGGUGACGGAGGUCCCUCGCUCAGCUGUGAAACUGCCCCGGCUCUCCUACAUAAUGGUAAUAGCAAAGAUCAGCGGGCGUGUGCUUGUGAAAACAGUGAGACUGAUUGCAGAGAGCAAGAGGAGCGUUCAACUACUGGUGUAGUUAGUACCGGUGACGUUGGAGAUAGUAGUGAUGGUUUGCAGAGUGGUUCUGAGAGCAUAGUCAACAGAACCUCUUCCUGCAAACAACAGAAAGAGGAAGCUGAUAAAGCAGAUGACUUAAUCUGUGAAGUGCCAGGUUUUGCUGGGGGGCAAAAUCAGGAAAAAGGACACAACUCUGUAGAAGAGAAAGAGCUAGCUGAACGUAGCCCCACCGUUGAGGCAGGAGAUAUGGGAAUCACUCAGUCUUUGGACACGCCAGAAAACUCGGAUGUUGAAUCUUCUUUUCAAGGCACUGAGACCGAUGCUGAGGAAGAGGAUGGGUGCGGAGAUCUCAUUGAAUCUGAGGAGGUGCGAGAAGAAAGCAAGGAACCACCGGAUGUAAAUCCUGAUGGAGAUACACCUCUAGAUAGCUCACACCAAAAUUUAGUGGAAAAUGAAAUGCAUGCUUGUCGAGGCAUUUGUGAUAAAACUGGUGACCCAGGAACCCAUAGACUAGUGGGAGACAUUUGUGAGAAGAUCACGUGUAAUGUGGAAGGUAGUCGAGAUCUUGAUUCUUCAGUAAUCUUUGAUCAAGAAGAAGCCGAUGAGGAGUUUCAGGAGAGUCUAGAAAUGCCAUACAUGGAAACAGAUGGAGACCAACAGAACGAAGAACUUAGAGAUACAACCUCAAGGAUUUCAGUUGCUGAAGAUGAGAGCGUUUUACACCUGCGUGAAGUAAUUCAAGAUGUGUUGCCUGUAGAACAACCAAUUCUUUCAAUUGAAGACGUAGUGUUUGAAGGGAGUGAGUUUGACGGACAGAAACUAAGUUCUUCAAGUGUCUUACAAACUGAGCUUGGUCCAGAAUCUGGAUCUUCCACAGCAGCUAGUGAGGACAUCUUAGAACCUGAAGAACUAGAGGUUCUUUUAAGUUCUGGCUGUGAGGGGACGGAGAAAGUUCAAGGGAACCAGGAGGACGAACCCGUUUGUGAAGCUCAGGUGUCAGCGGAGGAUGUUCUUGAGUCGGCGAUUUCUGCAAAUAUGGAGAAAGUGAAUCUCCAAGGUGACUCUUCCCAGGAUCCCAGACAGGAUAUGACCUCAAACAAUGGGGUCAUGCAGGGCACAGCAGAAAUAGACCUUUCAGAAGAGGAUGCAGCUGUAGUUUUUGUAAACACAGAUGAAUCUGGAGAUCAACGUGUCUUGGUGGAUCCCUCAGACAUACUAGCUAAGUCAAAUGAGUUUGGAAUCUCUGAGGAAAGCCUGGCAGUCAAUGCAGAAGAUCUGUUUGGUGUUUCGGUCCACAGUGACCAUGUAGAUGGUGCCUUACAUGUCCCAAAUGCUCUUGAUGAGGAUGGCAUUAUAGUUCCUUCUGUAUGUCUUGAACAAGCCCAAGCGAACUUAGAUCCAGUGUCUCAAGAAACAGAAGCUGUGCGACCAAUGGGUGAAGAAGACCUACUGAAAGAGUCAGAUGCACGUUUGGAGGAUCAGAUGGACUAUCAGAAGACAAUGUGGCUUGAUGUCAUGGACAAAAAAGAUGCACCAGUGAUCCACAGAGACAAAGACGCACUGUGUUCCAGUGUUUCCCAGAAGAGACACAACUUAUCCACAGAAAGUUCACAGUAUCCGGAGUUUCACACUUGCAACUCAGAAACAGUCACAUUUCGGGAAGUCUCAGGAAGUGAUACAGAUGGAUUUCUCAGUCCUGACACUGGAGAGGACAACAUCUUCAGAAAGUUAAAGUCCCCCUGUAGAGCCCCCUAUAUUUUGGCCAGUCUGAGCUGGUGCCCCAGUGAACCCUGUCGAGAGCUGGAAGAAAUUAGAGAGCUCAUCAGUUAUAGUUUGGAGGGUCUAGCAGCAGGGAUUGAGGAUGGCAAACGUUGGAUACCACAGUCUGGAGGUCCAUCCACGGAGCAGCGAGGGGUUCAGAGGCAGGAAAGUGAGGAGAGGGGCUCACUGAUGUCUCUCACAGAAGAAGGUCCUGAAUCUGAUUUGAGAGAAUGCAGCAGUCCAGCUGUUCAGAAAUCAAGGAAGUAUCAUCAGUUCAGACACAGCGGUCCAUCUGUGACUCUCCCCCUCACAAAAUCAGUCUCUAUGCUUUCCAUCAGCCAUCGGGACAUAGAUGGCAUGACGUCAUUCACCAGUACCACCAGUUCAAUGGGAUACAGCAUCACAGAGGAGGAUGGACCUUUAAAAGGAGAUUUUGAAAAAAGUACCACCAAAGUGAGCCGGACGUUCAGCUACUUGAAGAACAAAAUGUACAAGAAAGCCAGAGAAAAAGAAAAGGAAAAGAAUCGCGAGAAAGAGCGAGAGGCCAAAGAGAGAGAGAAGAAAUCAGUGAAUGGACACGUGUUCAGCACGUCAAGCUUGCUGCAUCCAGCUUUGUGCCAGCAAUGCAACAAAACCCUCAACACUAAAGAUACUGUCAGCUGCACAAAUUGCAAUGUAAGAGUUCACAAGAGUUGUAGAGAAAACAUCCCAGUUUGUCCCAAAAGCAGAAUGAAGUUUGCUGUACCAGAGUCCACCAAUAUGCCUACCGUCACUCUACGAACAAAAUCGUCCACAAUGCGGGAACGGCCCUGGUCUGCUAUCUUUUUUCCAGAGGAACAUUCUGUGAUUGUCCCGUCCAGACGACCCGCCAGUAUUAUGCCCUUCCACAGCAGCAACCUCUCGAAAAGCAUGUCCAUCAACAAUAUUCCAAUGUUUGACGAUGUGCCUCUGAGAGGCAUGCGGUAUCUGUCUCAAUCCACAGACUCUCUCCACAAACCCAACAAGGUUACAGCGUCCAAUGAGUCUCUAGAUGAAGGAACUGUGAUGGUUGACAGCCGGCUGAUGGGAGAGUUUGAAGCAGAUGUUAAGGAACUGGAGGCUGACUCCUGGAGCAUUACUGUAGAUAAGAAAUAUCUGAAGCAACUCAAGAAGGACGCCAUUAAGAGACAAGACGUCAUCUAUGAGCUGAUCCAGACGGAGAUGCAUCACCUGCGGACGUUACGGAUCAUGUCUGAUGUGUACUGUAAGGGCGUGCUGACAGAUCUGCAGCUGGAGGUCCAGAUGGUGGAGAAGAUGUUCCCCAUGCUGGACGAGCUCCUGGAACUCCAUUCGUUCUUCUUCAACGCUCUGCUGGAGAGGAAGAAAGAAGCCAAGCUGGAAGGAACAGACGGAUUCAUAAUCAACAGGAUAUCUCUCCUGUAUUGAUUUAUGCCACAUGAUGUGCUUCAGUUCUCAGACUCCAAUGCAGAAAGCAUGAAGAAAAUCUAUAGCAAAUUUUGUAGUCGACACAGUGAAGCAGUGAACUUCUACAAGGAGCUGCAUUCCAGAGACAGACGCUUCCAGGCAUUCAUCAGAAAAAAAAUGAGCAGCAGUGUUGUCCGGCGUUUGGGCAUCCCAGAGUGCAUAUUACUGGUGACUCAGAGGAUAACGAAGUACCCGGUGCUUUUACAGCGAAUCCUGCUGCACACCAAAGAGAACGAGAAGGAUUUUGAGGACUUGACAAAGGCGCUACAGCUGGUGAAAGAUAUCAUUGCUUCAGUGGACAGUAAAGUGAAUGAGCAUGAGAAGAAGAAAAGGUUGAAAGACAUUUACGGCCGUACGGACAGCAAGUCCAUCAUGCACAUGCUCCAGAGGAAGGAUGAACAGAUCGUUUCACUCCUGCUGGAGAAGAUGAAGCUUUUCCGUGAAAUGUGCGGUUCGUCCGACGACACGGCUUCAGCGGUCAAAAUGCUCUUCAGGGCCAACAACAAGGACGUCCCCAAGGGAGAACCCAUCAUGAUGGACGCUCUCAGAGAGGUGGAGAUGUUGCAGGCGCUGGUGAACAGCAGUCUGGGAGGGGCGGUGGGACAGCAGGUGGCCUGCGCUCCGGGGAACAUGGGACCUGUGUGUCUGCCACGCAGAGCCGAGACCUUCGGAGGGUUUGACAGCCACCAGAUGAACAUGUGCAAACAUGGCGACAAAGAGGAAGCUGAAGAUCUUCGGAGGACAGAAUCUGACAGUGUACUGAAGAAGGUAGGAAACUGUUUUCUUGUUUCUUGCCCCUCAUACUAUCUGUGUAUAUACUAUGUCUUGUUCUAUAUGGUUACUUUAUGGAUUUUGUUACAGGCCGUAGUGCUGCAGCAGGACACUUUUAUCGAGGACCAGCGUCAGGCCCUAAACGAGCGCACCCCGUCCCGCUCCUCCUCUCGUCCCCCCUCGCUGGUGGAGCAGGAGAAACAGCGCAGCUUGGAGCGGCACCGACAGGAGGCCGCCACUCUACAGCGCCAGCAGGCCGUCCACGCCGAAGAGAAGCGGCGCAAGGAAAGGGAGUGGGAUGUGAAGGAGCAGGAGCUGACAAACCGGGAGGUGCUGCUACACGUGAGGGAGGAGACGACGCAGAGGAGGAACAAAGAGCUGGAGGAGGUGCAGCAGGAGCUGCAGGGAAGGAAGGAGGAUUAUCAGAGGGAUCUAGAGAGACUGAGGGAUGCUCAGAGGAGGCUGGAGAGGGAGAGGGAGCAGCUGCAGAGGGAGGUGGAGAGAGUGGAGCACCUCCGUGGGGUGGAGGCUCGGCUUCAGCGCACGCCCUCCAGCACAUCAGAGGACUCCAUAAAGCUCCAGAGCAGCAGCUCCAUAGAGCGAGAGAUCUGGGAGGGCGACUUAUCGUCCAGCCCCAGGAAGAACUCUCUGUCCAGGAUAGACUCCAAACAGAAGGGCCGCAGCUUCUUCUCCCUGGGCGGCAAAACUCCGAGCUUAGAAGGCCAAAACCAGAUCCCCACACGACUGCUUCAGCUGGCUUCAUCCAAGGAGAAGAAGGACAAAAAGAAGAAGAAGAGCAAGAGCCAGCCUCCUCAGGAUGCAGCAUCACAUCUGCUGCCCCUGACAGAGCCUUCAAUGGACGGAGACAUCUUCUUCUGCUGAUUUACCCAUCAUCCCUUCUGUCCACAUCAUUGCCUCUCAUGGACUCUCUAUCAAAUCAUGUAGGAAGUCACCCAAAGUG